UGGAGAACGUCAUCUCGGGUGGUUGUUGCUAUUUUGGACGUCGAGGAGUAGUCGAUUGUGCUGAGUGGAUGCCGCGUCCGUGACUUGUGGAAAAAUAGAUUAGAAAAUCUCAAGAGUUUGGUGAACGAGACUUGGGAUACGCGAGCCAAUUCCCAAUUGUUGUGAGAGUUUCGGUCCCCGAGGCGGCGAGAUUUGUAGGUUUCUCUGCGAGUGAAGUGUGGAGUUUUCUGUAUCCGGAUCGAAGUGCAAAUUUCCACAAGAAUAGAUUCAUCGCUGAAGCACCGUUAGCUCAGCGCUGGGUGGUCCGUGUCUGCUUGAGGAAUACGAGUCAGUGGCUGUGAAUAUUUGCACUGCUGAGCAGUAAGUCCGGGUGUACCGUGAAGUCCCUGGUCCGCGCCUAGCCUUGGAUAGUUUUGCGUCCCGGUCGUGAGUUUUGCGUGCUGAGCGGCAGCGAAAGUGUGUGCAUUUGAAAUAAAUAGUUUUCGUUGGCAUGUAUCCAAGCCCAUCCCUUCGUGCUUUGAAUGAGUUCCCGUCACCCUGUCCACCUUGACAAUCGUGCGUGAGAUCGAUCCCACACGCCCGCCUCCCCGAGAGAAUCGCUGGCUGAAUUCGCGCAUUCCACCACGGCCCCCAACGGCUGCCUCUUGACCGGGUUUUCACCGUCAUCUGUCAAACGAAAAUCGCCAAGGGAGUCGAGUGGUUUCUAGGCUGCACCGUGCUGCAAGAGCAGGUCGUACGCCGUGAGGAGGUCAAGUGUCUGCCGGAGAACGUCCUGAUUCACUUCGCCACACAGGUCGCUGGUGAAUCCUUGCCCCCGCGGGGUUGCUGCACGGCCCAGUGUCGCCCAGCUGCCGACACUGCCGAGUGGGUGUCCGCCACGGAAUUAUUCGUGCUGAUACCCAAACAGAAUAUUCGGCGCCUCCAAACAAACAGGAGGCGCGGGAGAAGUGUGUGCGCACGUGCGGGAUUUGUUGUCUUGCAUAAAGUCUGAUGGCAAGUUGGUUGUAGCGGGCGCGAUUCCAGUGCAAUAGUUGUGAAGUGCAGUGCGUGGACGAGUGUUGUGUGCAUCAAAGGACCUUCCGCAUUCGGAGCGGUCUUAGCUACCUGUUUGUGUCGCGAGUGCCGUACGCGUUGGGAGCACGCGUCUCUGCACUGAAUGUGAAGUGCUCCCGAUUUCAGAUCCGCCUUGCAAUCGUUUAACCACGCACCGGAACGAGGCAGCAUCUCAAUCGUCUGCGAGUAGCACUAGUGCAGAAUGACGCUUGUGAUGGACCUUACCAUCAUAUACUGACCACAUCGUUCAUCACAUCCUUGAAUGGCCUGCACCAUAUAAUCCUGUACAUGUCCGUCACUUGUACAAUAAAAUCCCACGUGACUCGACUCCACCGAUUGGACCGGGAAAGGACCUUUACGAACAAACUCUUGGAUAAUUGAAAAUGUCACCAAAGACAUCGAAGAUAUCACUCACCGGAAAAGUCGGCAAAUUGACUGCAUAUCUGUGAACAAGUAAACAACCACGCCACGAGUAUCUAGAUUGGGGAAGCACGAAUAGGCCACCUCGCUAAUCAUUGGAGCCCACUUCAGUGGAAGUAACGUUCCAGCAGCGGUCGGUAGUGGCAUAUGCAGAGUAAAUUGUGUAAAUUCGGGAAGCCGUUACCUACGAGCAAGUGUAUUCAUUAUGACCGCGUAUCUCCAGGAAAGAUGAACUUUUGGUCGCAAUCUGCACGGAUAGUGUUCAUCGUGGUAUCAAGAAGCAGGCAUCCAGUCGCUCCAGAAUGAUAUAAUUCAGCUCCCAAUUAGAGAGACCAUGUAAAAUCUACGAGAUAAGAGCUAGUAGACGACCAUUUAGCGAACUGUUUGUUUAUGGCACUCUGGGUUCUUCCCAUAACCCACAAUUACUAUUUUUCCGAUUAGCUGUCUCUGACGUCACCGGGUUCGCGCUCGGCUAUCGACGCGCUCAGAUUGAUCGGCUCCAAUGUGAUAUUUUUUGUUGUAAAUUAUUAUCAAUUAUUCGUUAUUUCACGAGAUUUUUCACUUGACUGUGAGGUUAAUGCUGUAUUCAUGCAUUGUUGCGAUUAGUAGUCAUUACGAGCUGAGUAUCGUCGGAGUCACCCUUAUGAUCCGUGAAAAUAGCCCAGAGUUUGGUAUUCGACGCAAAUUGUCUUGUGAUUUCUGAGUGAUAACCCAGAGUUAAUAGAAUCCGAAAUUCGCGUGAAAAUGGUCGGCGACGCAGUUCGAUGGACCUCAAACAAAUUCAGUGAUAGUAGUUCGACAAAAUACUAUGCAAUGGCAGCCGCAGGCGAUAUCGGGAAAAGCGGAAUAACCAAAAGUAGCUGCCGAAGCACUCGGGAGGAUCUUAUCAAAGAGAAAGCAUCUCCAGGAGGUUUCGCCAAAAACGAGAGCUAUGAACAACCAGAUCAUUCCGACCAGCGAAUGGGACGGCAUCUGUUUACUAGUUUUAGGAUUUUUUUAGUAUUAAUGUCGCGAAUAUUGUCUUUUUGCCUGGCGAGUACUAAGAAGUAUGGAUCAAUGGCUUCCUCCACCGUGGCACUAACCAGCCCCCGGGUUGCGUCGAUCCGAGGGAGUGCGUAUACAUCUGCAUCCAAACAUCGGGAAUUUGGAUUUUUAGUAGUGUUUUUAGUAUAUGCGAUAAGUAGUGAAUUUGUGAUGGUUUCCGGUUACGCGACUAGUGAUUUUAGUACUAGCACGGAUAAAAAUAAAACCAUCAAUGGCGAGAAUAGUGUCUACAAUGAAUUCAGUGAUAGUGACUUGAGUGAUGGCAGCGGGCUUGGCCAUUAUACCCCAACAUGGGCGGUUCACAUACCCAAUGGCGACGUCGAUGGAAGAGCGGAUCAGGUGGCAAGGGAUCAUGGUUUUAUCAAUCUGGGAAAGAUUUUCGAAGAUCACUACCAUUUCCACCAUAACUCAGUAUCAAAGAGAUCGCUUGAUGCAUCUCAUCACCAUCAGAAGCGACUUGAAGAUGAUCAUCGGGUUCACUGGUCGAAACAACAGCGGGUCAAGUCCCGGCAGAAACGAGAUUAUAUUCGAAUGCGACCAUCGAGGACAUCUUCAGUGAGUCGAAUUGAACUGAACGAUCCAAAGUGGCCCCAAAUGUGGUACCUGAAUCGCGGCAAUGGGUUAGAUAUGAACGUGAUACCUGCCUGGGAACAAGGUAUCACAGGAAAAGGUGUUGUUGUCACUAUCCUUGAUGAUGGGCUGGAAUCCGAUCAUCCUGAUCUAGAGCAUAACUACGACCCCAAGGCAUCAUAUGACGUUAAUAGCCACGAUGAUGAUCCAAUGCCACAUUAUGACAUGACCGAUUCCAACCGGCAUGGAACCCGCUGUGCAGGUGAAGUGGCCGCAACUGCCAAUAAUUCAUUGUGUUCAGUAGGAAUAGCAUUCGGUGCUCGCGUAGGAGGCGUUCGUAUGCUUGAUGGUGAUGUAACGGACGCUGUUGAGGCGCGAUCACUCAGCCUUAAUCCUCAGCAUAUCGAUAUAUAUAGUGCAUCGUGGGGUCCUGAUGAUGACGGCAAAACCGUCGACGGACCUGGCGAGUUAGCCACUCGUGCCUUUAUAGAAGGUGUAACAAAAGGUCGCAACGGAAAAGGAAGUAUUUUCAUUUGGGCUUCGGGAAAUGGUGGUCGCGAGUUGGAUAACUGCAAUUGUGAUGGAUACACUAACUCCAUAUGGACACUCUCAAUAUCAAGCGCAACGGAAGAAGGACAUGUACCUUGGUACUCAGAAAAAUGCAGUUCCACAUUAGCAACAACCUACAGUAGUGGCGGUCAAAACGAAAAGCAAGUAGUGACCACAGACCUUCAUCAUUCAUGUACGACAUCGCAUACAGGGACAUCCGCUUCGGCACCACUAGCAGCGGGGAUAGUUGCUCUAGUCCUGGAAGCGAAUAGAAACCUGACAUGGCGUGACUUACAACACAUCGUUGUAAGAACGGCAAAGCCAGGAAACCUCAAGGACCCAACGUGGAUUAAGAAUGGAGUGGGCCGAAGAGUUAGCCAUUCAUUCGGCUAUGGAUUAAUGGAUGCUGCAGCAAUGGUCAAAGUGGCUAGGACAUGGCAAACGGUUCCGGAGCAACAGCGAUGUGAGAUAAACGCACCCCAUGUGGAACACAUGAUUCCAGCCAAACGCUACAUUACCCUUCAGCUCACGGUGAAACAUUGCAUGGGUGUCAACUUUUUGGAGCAUGUUCAGGCAAAAAUCAGCUUAACCUCGCAACGACGUGGAGACAUAGUAAUCUACUUACAAUCACCGGCUGGUACCCGUGUCACCCUUCUCACGUCCAGAGUUCAUGAUGUGUCUCGGUCAGGUUUCAACGAAUGGCCAUUCAUGUCAGUCCAUACAUGGGGAGAAGCACCCCAUGGAAAUUGGUUGUUAGAAGUGCACAACGAAGGCCGUUUCCUAGCACAAAUAACGCAAUGGGAUCUGAUUUUCUACGGAACGGAUACUCCACCACAACCAGAUGAUCCUAUUCAAAUUCGACCUGGCCAUUUUGGAUCAUAUGGUGGAGACCUAGACAAUAAUUUCCUUGAUGCAGAUCCAGAAACCAUGGGACAAUGGAGAGAUUUACACCAGAUUGGCGAAAACCAUGUUGAUGUUCAACGCACAACAAAUGACCAAACCAGUACCGCUUGUACAAAUUUCAUAGCCGAUCAGCGAUGCAUAGAAUGUCUGCCAGGUACGUUCCUUUACAAGGAUCGAUGCUGGUCCCACUGUCCUGAACAAAGUUAUAUGGUCCCCGAAAUCCCGCGCAGUCGUAACAGGAACAACGACUUCCAGCCUGACGAAAAUAUCAUCUCCGUUCGGUCAACUCUUGAUGAUCAAUAUGUGCCGAAUUCCACGCUAUUUGAUGAACCUUCUGAAAAGCGUGCCAUCAUGCCACCGAUACCGCAAAAGAGAUGUGCCCCCUGUCAUGUAUCCUGUUUAUUAUGCCGUGGUCCUGAUCCUAAUGAGUGCCUUCAGUGUCAUCCCGGGAACCAUCUCACGAUAGUCUCUGCUGAUGAGACAUACUGUUAUCCUGCCACGAAUGGAAAUAAUCUGAGCCGCGCCACAGGACAGUUGUCUUCUGGUGAAGACAUAGAUGAUGACAGCCUUCUUAAAGACCUAAGUGCCUUCUGGAGUGUCGUUGUACCAUCAAUGGUAGUCAUUGUGUUCGUCGUGGUCUUUAGCUUACUGGGAGCACAUUUGAUAUCAAGAUGGAAGAACUCAAACACUCAUUCAUAUGAGAAAGUAGCCUUUGAUGUUCCGAAUGAAGAGGUUGAAGUUGUUGGAAGCAAAGGUCCGGCAAGGACGAGUCUGGAUGGUACGAGUGGACCUGCGGAUGUCCAUAGAGUUCUUAUCGAAUCAAGUAGUGAUUCUGAUUUGUUUUGAGUUGAAGAUGAAUAACGAAGCGAAGGUGGUGAUUAUCAUUCCCAAAAUGGCUCAGCUUUCUAGCGAAGUAUUAAUAAUAUAGAUAAGUGUUUAUAUGAAUCCGUAAUAUUUGCAGCUUUUUAUUUUUCAAUUAAAAUAUGACAAUAUUAUAGUAUGUAGAUUUCGUACUACUCAAUAUAUUUUUUCAGAGAUGAAUAUACUUCCAGUAAAGUGUAAGUGCUAGACGUAGUUAAUACAGAAAGUGAAAAUAAAUUAUUUGAA